UCUGGAGUCUCGGAGACGAGCUUCUCAGAAGAGCCAAAACAGGAACCGAGGUGGCAAAUCACUGCGAGGGCGAGUGGACCUCCCUCUUUGCCUCCUCCCUGUUCCAGGAGCUGGUCCCCUGGGCUCUGCGCUGUUGUUUUCAGCGCUCCGAAAGCCGGCGCUUCAGAUCCAGGCAAGUGAAUCCAGCCAGGCAGUUUUCCCUUCAGCACCUCGGACAGAACACGCAGUAAAAAAUGGCUCCGAUCACCACCAGCCGGGAAGAAUUUGAUGAAAUCCCCACAGUGGUGGGGAUCUUCAGUGCAUUUGGCCUGGUCUUCACAGUCUCUCUUUUUGCAUGGAUCUGCUGUCAGAGAAAAUCAUCCAAGUCUAACAAGACUCCUCCAUACAAGUUUGUGCAUGUGCUUAAGGGAGUUGAUAUUUACCCUGAAAACCUAAAUAGCAAAAAGAAGUUUGGAGCAGAUGAUAAAAAUGAAGUGAAGAAUAAGCCAGCUGUGCCAAAGAAUUCAUUGCAUCUGGAUCUUGAAAAGAGAGAUCUCAAUGGCAAUUUUCCCAAAACCAACCUCAAACCUGGCAGUCCUUCUGAUCUGGAGAAUGCAACCCCGAAGCUCUUUUUAGAAGGGGAAAAAGAGUCAGUUUCCCCUGAGAGUUUAAAGUCCAGCACUUCCCUUACUUCAGAAGAGAAACAAGAGAAGCUGGGAACUCUCUUCUUCUCCUUAGAAUACAACUUCGAGAAAAAAGCAUUUGUGGUCAACAUCAAGGAAGCCCGUGGCUUGCCAGCCAUGGAUGAACAGUCGAUGACCUCUGACCCAUAUAUCAAAAUGACGAUCCUCCCAGAGAAGAAGCAUAAAGUGAAAACUAGAGUGCUGAGAAAAACCUUGGAUCCAGCUUUUGAUGAGACCUUUACAUUCUAUGGGAUCCCCUACACCCAAAUCCAAGAAUUGGCCUUGCACUUCACAAUUUUGAGUUUUGACAGGUUUUCAAGAGAUGAUAUCAUUGGGGAAGUUCUAAUUCCUCUCUCGGGAAUUGAAUUAUGUGAAGGAAAAAUGUUAAUGAACAGAGAGAUCAUCAAGAGAAAUGUUAGGAAGUCUUCAGGACGGGGUGAGUUACUGAUCUCUCUCUGCUAUCAGUCCACCACAAACACUCUAACUGUGGUUGUCUUAAAAGCUCGACAUCUGCCUAAAUCUGAUGUGUCCGGACUUUCAGAUCCCUAUGUCAAAGUGAACCUGUACCAUGCCAAAAAGAGAAUCUCCAAGAAGAAGACUCAUGUGAAGAAAUGCACCCCCAAUGCAGUGUUCAAUGAGCUGUUUGUCUUUGAUAUUCCUUGUGAGGGCCUUGAAGAUAUAAGCGUUGAAUUUUUGGUUUUGGAUUCUGAAAGGGGGUCCCGAAAUGAGGUAAUCGGGCAGUUAGUCUUGGGUGCAGCAGCAGAAGGAACUGGUGGAGAGCACUGGAAAGAGAUCUGUGACUACCCCAGGAGACAAAUUGCCAAGUGGCACGUGCUCUGUGAUGGUUAGCAUCCUAGCCGUGAGUUGGAACUUAAAGGUUUUUGCUAGGCAAGGAGAAAUCUUAUUUCUUUCGAUAUCGGAUUGCAAGCUUGGGAAAUCAAGCUACCUUUUUUUUGUUGUUGUUGUUGCUAGAAGUGGAUUGAAUUAGUAGACCAGAAAGUAACUUCAAAUGUGUAUCAUGAUAAUUUCCCUAUUUAUUAGAAGAGUUGGAUAAAUUUUCAUAAGAUACUCAGUAUCUCCUUCAGAUUACCAGUGAUAUAACUAGGAAUAGUCAGACAUUUUAUGAAUACUGUGCCAGAAUCCCAAAUUAUAAAUGUGACAAUCUUAUUGGAACAUGUCACAAAAAGUUAAUGUGAUUAAAAUUUAAAAACAAAAAGUAUGCCUUGCCUUGUGAAAAUUUAUCCAUUUAUCUUCAGGUUGGGGAAAUCAAUUUUUCUUUAAAUCCAAAGAUACUAAAAAAAUGUCCUCCAGUUUGUAUUUAUUAAUUAUGUCAUGUGCAAAUGGUUGUCCUGCAUAUAAAAGUAUCUGGUCAUUUCAGUUUGGUUUGUAAUUAUUCGAUGCAAUUUUAUCAUAAGAGUAACUUAGAUUCAUUUCAAAAGGACAGUGAACAAGCUGAGAAAUUAUUUUAUCAAAGGGCUGAGUUGAGAACACUGUGGCUGAAAUAUAAUUUUUCUCCCCCCUAAGGUUACAUGUGAGUCAAAAUUUUGUAAAAUAUAACCUCACAUAAGAACCAUGGCCUUGGAUUAUUCACUGCCUGUCACAAGCCUCAGUGUGGCCUGAGAAAUCCCUAUGUACCUUCGUGAAAUUGUUGAAUUAGUUAGUGAAUACAGAAAUAAACUUCAACUAGAAAUCCAGUUAGAAGCGCAAUUUUCUUAUAGGAAAUAGAUAUAGUGUGCAAGUGUACUUUUAAGGCCAUCGUUUGUACCCAGAGUCGGCAUGGCCACCUAAGUUUUCAUUUAACUUAUUGUCCCCCAGAAAAGAUUAAGAUGCUACUUGAAAAGACUGUGAAGAUUUUUUACAUUGCCAGAUAAAAAGUGUUACUUAACCAACAAACAAAUGUAAGACUACAAAAUCGUUCAAGAGCAAUUUUAAUAUAAUUUACAUAUGUUCAUGCAAAAUAUACUUAGCUGUCAAAUUAGCACAACAAAGAAUGUGUUUCACUAUCUUUUCUAGGCUAAUUUGUCUUGAGCUGUUGUCUAUAGAGCAGUUUACAGACUUGUGUCUUGUAUCAUUUUCCAGUGCCAGGGUUCUGAAUUCAUUCAGAACCUGUUAGAUUAAAGCUGCACCCUGUGAUUAUUUGAAAAGAAUUAACUUGAGAGUAAUGUCACUAUAUUUGAGUUCUUAGAGAAGUAUGAGUGGAACUUGAGUACAGUUGAAUUAUUAAAUAUGCAAGUUAGAAAUUAAGUCUACUGAAAAAUUUACAUUUUGAGUCAGGUUUUGUGUCAGUACUUUAGCAGUUUUUGAGAAUGUGUUUGAUAUCACAGUGUUUGUAAAUUCUAUGAAAAAUGCAUUUUCCAAACAACUUAUACAUGCUUUUUAUGACUAUGCCUAAUGUAAAGAAAAUGUAUUACAUUCUGUAUGUAUAAAGAUUAAAAAUCAACCUCUUUUUUGUGCUUUAAAAUGACUUUGGGAUUAAAAAAGCAUAUUUCCCAAUCAUUGUCUUCAUUCCACUACAAAGUCACCUCACAGCAUCUUGCUCCACUGGGCAUUUCUGUGAAAGCAACAUGAAAUGAACUGUAGUAGGUGUGUAGUUUGGGGAAGUCAAAUGGCCAUUUUAUGUAUGUGUAUUUGGUAUCAUGGGCCAUGGAACAGAAUAUAUUUUGGACCUCUGAAAAGUUGUAAGGGGCCAAUUCUAAGUAUUCUUCACAGCAGCCAGAAGUUAAUGGUGGUAGCAGCUGAGGUAUGGUUGUUGGACGAGGGUGAUUUUUUUUUUUAACAUGGAACAAUGAAACCAACAACAAACACUUUUAAAAUUAAAAUGGAUAAUUUGUAAAUAGUUUUUAGCUUUUAAAAUUUAAAGUGUUUUUGAGUGUGAAAAGUUGAGUAAAACUAUUUGCAACUGGUUUUAAGAAAAGAAACAACAAAGGAAUUGAAACAGGCAGGGAGAUCUUAAUACCUAAUCUCAUCAUUUCUGAAAAUGUACCGUUUUAGAAUGUAUUACAAUAUCAAUGUGAAUAUCUUGAAUCCUGUUACAAAUCCUGCACUGUAUUAAACAUGUAAAUUAAUUGUUUGUCUGAUUAGCCAAUCUCACCACCCAAAUGGGGAGGUAUACAUGUUUGAAGAACUGUGUAACUCAGUAAUUGAUUUGUUCUGAUGUUGUAACUCAAUAGAAGUGUUUUGGAAGGAAGCAUGGUGUACGAGACAGUGUCUGUUCUUUUGUGCCAGCUCUGUAUGAUGUUUGUAAGACCAUGUUUGUAAGACAUGAAUAAAUUGCUGCUUUUGCCCAACCCAUUUCAAUGCAGACUUUCUGCCAAUGGACUCUGUAAUAAGGCUUCUCUUAUUGCUGACUGAAUUUUCAAGUUUCCCUAGUGGAUCUCCUUGCAUAGGUUAGGGACCAUUAAUUACUGAGCACCAGAAUCUUUAAUACACCUUUUAAAAAAAUCUUCAUAACAAUCAUCUGGAGCAGAUAUCAUUAUCCUUAUUAUACAGAAGCAAAACUUGAGGAUCAAGGAGCAUAGGCAAUGGAAUCAAGAAGGAAAGAAUAGUACUCGAGGAUUUCAUGGCCUGCCCUGCCCUUCCCUCCAUACCAUUCCACUCUCCUCAAGGGGACCUUAUCAACUGGCUUUGCUAGAUGUUUAGGCUCAUUCUCAUAUUCUUUGACUUUUUUCUAAAUUUUAUUCACUUUUCUAUGUUUCAUUUACUUUUCUCCCCAGUAUUUUCAGCCAUCAUUCUUUAUUUACCCCUGUUUUUACCUUUAUCUCAUUUCUU